GCUCCAGGCAGGGCGGCCCCGCGGGCAGCUCCACCAUGUCGGACAGUGACCCGGGGGACGAGGACGGCGCCACAUCCCCUGACCCCUCGCAGUGCAAGAGGAAGAGAAGGGGCAACCUCCCCAAGGAGUCGGUGAAGAUCCUGCGGGACUGGCUGUACGAACACCGCUUCAACGCCUACCCCUCGGAGCAGGAGAAGCUCAGCCUCUCGGGGCAGACCAGCCUCUCCGUGCUGCAGAUCUGUAACUGGUUCAUCAACGCGCGGCGGCGCCUGCUCCCCGACAUGCUGCGCAAGGACGGCAAGGACCCCAACCAGUUCACCAUCUCCCGCCGCGGGGGCAAGGCCGGGGACGCGGCCGUGCCGCGGGGCGCUGCCGCCAGCCCGGGGCUGCUCGUGGUGCCGCCCGCGGGCGCCUCCAAGGUGCUGUCCAUGUCGGUGUGCCCGCGGGUGCUGUGCCAGCCGGCGCGGGCGCUGGCCGUGGUGAGCGCCCACAGCCCCGAGUGGGAGAAGCCGCCCGGGCCCGAGGCCAGGGCGGGCCCCGGCAGCAGCAGCACCCUGACCCUGCUGGCGCGGGCCGAGGCGGGCAGCCCCACACCCGGACUCUUCAACACGCCGCCCCCCACGCCCCCCGAGCUCUUCGGGGACGACUUCAGCAGCUUCCAGCUGCUGGUGGAGGUGGCCCUGCAGAAGGCGGCCGAGCUGGAGCGGCAGCGGCAGGGGGGGCAGCUGCCCCUGGCUCCGCACGCCGAGCCCCCCGGAGCCCCCAAAUAACCCGGGCCGGGUCCCGCAGGGUGCCCUGUCCGGGGCUCCGACCCUCCGGCCUCUGCCUCGUCCCCACGGCCCGUCCAGGAGCGGCUCCUGCCCCCGGGGGCUCCGGUGACUCUCGGCAGCCGGGGCGGCAGAGGAAGGCCGGUCCCACCCCGCCAUCCUCCCCGGAGAUGCCCCGGCUGCCGAGCGCGGUGCCCGGUGUGUGCCCGAGCCCGGCGCUGGCCGUGCCCUGUCCCUGCCGGGCACUGAGCUCCCCUGGAAAACCUGCUGACCUCCUCCUCUCCUGCCAACAAGGGUCCAGCCAGCGCCGUUUGUCAGGGAGACAGAGAGAACCUGGGUUUUUAAUGCCAGUGUAAGGACUGUGGCUGAAGAGCUUUGUCUCCCAAAUCUCUGAUCCUUUCUCCCUGACACCCUUCCCCCCCGGACCCCCUUUUGUUUUUGGGGGCUUUUCUGUUUCCUGGUGCUGGCCAGGGGGCCUGCCUCGCCCAGGGAAGGGCAAAGGACAGAUGAACUGGAAACAUGGAGUCUGUGGCAUUUUAUAAUGGAAAAAAUAGGACCCUCCUCUUCCUUUUUAGGUUGUUCUGGAUGCUGCCAGUAGAAAUCUCUAUGGUGCUGUUUAGCAAGUUUUUUGUUGAAACAUUUUCCCUUUAAUUGUGAUUUAUUACAUGAUUAUUACUUUUUUUUAAAUUUUUUUUUUUUAAUCUGUAAGCAUUUCCACACCUUCCCCGCGCUCCCCUCGCGUUCAUGCCGAAUGUGUGCACGCUGUGCCCGGAGCCGUGAGCGCAAGCCCGGGCAGAGCUGAGACUGUGAAUUUUGUACCCGAUUUCAUUUCCUUUUUUAUUUUAUUUUAUUUUAUUUUAUUCUUUUUUUUCUUCCAUAAAACCUUUGGAAAGAGGCGUGGUGCGGGCACGGCCACGUGCGUCCUGCAAGUGCUGCAGGCAGGGGCGGGCGGAGGACGGAGAUGUCGCUCCCUGUCCCCUCCCCUCGCAGCGCGGCUGUGCGGUGCUGGGGACCUCUAGUGACAAACUGGGGUCAGCUGGCACGGCCGGGCCUGCGGGGACCGGGGCAGCUCCUGGGCUCCGGGGCAGUUCUUGGGCAGCUCCUGGCCGGGUGUCGCUGCUGUCCCCGGCGCUGUCCCGGGCCCUGGCGGAGCUGGGUUGUUCAGUGACUGUACCCGGCCCGGGCAGCGCUGAUCCCCUCGGUAAUUCCCGAGCCAGAUGAGGUGAUGGAUCAUUGGAGGGGGUAAAGCCGCAGGAUUGGGAGCUCUGCAGGGCAGGGGGAGAGCACCGAGAGGGAGGAAGGGGCUGGAAGGGAAAAGCACUGAUUUGGGGGACUGGUGUGUUCCCACCCAUCAUUUCUUCAGAGGAAGGUGCCAGGGAGGGGCUGCUGUGGGAAGGUUUGCCAAAAGUAUCACCUGGGCAGGUGCCCUGUGCAGUUGUGGGGGUGCCCAUCGUGUGCCUCUCACUCCCACCUCCAUUUCUAUACCCAGCCUUUGUUUUCCCUUUGUCUCCUUCCCAGGGAAAGUCCUCAGUUUUGGGACUCUCACCUUGUCACCCGCUGCAGCUCUGUCCCUUGCCCUGGGGGAGGGAGAGGCUCUUUGGCCUCCUGCUCUUGCCCCAGUCAAACCCCAGUGGUUUCCUUCCCCCAGCUGUGCCUGUGCCAGGGGCUGGUGCUGCUGCCCUGGGAGGGACCAGAGAGUUGGGAGGGCAGGAGUUAUUGGAAUUAAAUUUAUGGAGAAAUAACAAACUACUGUAAAUAUCUUUUUGUUUGUUUUUCUAUUGUCAAAUAAAAGUUUUUUUAGUUUUGGUUGUUAUUUUUAAA